UUGCCGUGUGCCUGCCGCAGUGUCUGCUGCUGUUAAACCGUGCACUGGGUGCUCGGGAUAACCGGGAGGAAGAGCACGACUCCCCUCUGGCAGAUGCUGAUGCCGCUUGGAGCCGACAUGGAGGCUCCGGAGAACAUUCAACGCUGUCGGUGAGUUUUGUGGUUGAGGUGAAACCAUCGACCGUUGCGUGUGCCCCGUGGCCCACCGGAGCGGCUGGGAGAGUUGCUACCGCCGCUUUCCCAGUGCCGCCUGCGGCACAGCCCCCUCUCGGUGACACCGCGGCAUCCCUGUGGCGUGGCAGUUCCGUCCCAUCCCGGGAAGGUCCUCGCCGGGAAGCUCCACUCUGGAGUGGCACAGUGGGCAGAGCGCGCGAUUUCCCAAACCGACCGGAUUUCAUCGUGGGAUGUGGACGGGGUGUCCCUGCGCGGCGCCGUUCUGGCAGGUGAGCGCCGCUGCGUCCCGGAGGACUGACGUUCGCGCUCGACACCCGUUGCUGGCGGUGGGUCGUGGUGCUGGGGGGGAAACUCCCGUGGGGGAGCAAAAAUCCCCUUUUUUCUCUAAAAAGUAGGGGCUCGGAGGGCUCUGGGCCCAGCAGGUGACGCCCGGGGGGGCCUGGGCUUUGUGUCUCCCCGGGGGUUGUUGUGGGUGAUUUUGCCGUCCAUUAGCAGAUGCUUUACCCGAUUCCGGGCCGUUUCAGCCCGAAGGCAGAAGCAAGGGCAGGGACUGGCCGCGCUGCUCCCGGCUUUAGUCCAGGCUUUGGGCGCUCUGCCCCGAACUCGGGUUUUUGGUGUCCCCGCACCACGCUGAUGGGGUUUAUGGGAUAUAAAUCCCACGUUUAUCCACAAAAAAAGGCAUUUCUGGCCGAGACGGGCGGUGUUGUGCCAUGGGUGUUGGGGAAGGUGCCUGGUGCAGUUUGGGUCCUGCUGGAUUAGGGGGAGCAGCCAGCGGCAUGUCCCUGUGGGGCCGAAACCCCGAAUCCAGCCGGGUUUGGCUCUGAGGCGGCUGCAGCAAGAGGGAUGCCGGCAAGUGCCGCACUGGAGUGGAUGCUGCUGGCGAAAGGGGGGUUAAACGCCGGCGUUGCGGGGGUCGCAGUGCUGCGGGGGGUUUCAAGUGUGACCCCCUUGUACCAGAGAGGGGAAGAGGUGCAGACACCCCCACCCCACCGGGCAGACGCACCGGCUCCAGGCGGCUGCCGGGGGCGGGAGCCGGCCCCACGCAGCGGCGAUUGGCCCUGCCCGGCUCCUCCAGGGAAGGACACGGCACAUGGAGCCACAUCCUGCCCCAAAACACACCGGGCAGCGGUCAAGGAUGGAGCACAGCCCCGCGUUCGACAUGUGGAGGGACUACCUGGGGCUGGCCGCCGUGCUGGCCGCGCUGCCACAAGAGCGCGAGGAUGCCGGCGACGGCAAAGAGGCAGCGGCAUCGCCCCACGUGCCGGAGGCGGCAUCGGCGUCCCCCGGCAAAUCCCUCUGCGCCUUCUGCAAGCACAACGGGGAGGCGAAGCACGUCUACAGCGGGCACAACCUGCGGGACGCGGGGGGCCGGGUGCAGUGCCCCGUCCUGCGCAGCUACGUCUGCCCACAGUGCGGGGCCACGCAGGACCGGGCCCACACCAAACGCUUCUGCCCCCUCACCCGCCAUGGCUACACCUCGGUCUACAGCCGCUCGGCACGCAACUCCGCCGGCAAGCGGGUCACAGGCGGCCGCAGUGCGGCGGGCAGUGCCAAGAAGUAGCUGAGCGCAGACGGACCCUCACCCCAACAGGGGAUUGCUCCACUUUGCCCGGCUCCGUCUGCCGCAUUGCCCCUGCGAAGCCGCUGGUUCCGCUCUCCUCCGAGGAUGAAAUGCCAGGAUGGCGCACUCCACCAAGACCAGUCUCCCCAGCUCCUCUCCCCAGCUGGUAAAGCCAAGCAGUAUCAUCCCAGCAGGGGUUUGGUGGUCACCGCUGGCAGAAGCCGCAUCAAGAUGCCAGCGAAAAGCCUGAAAAGGGUCGGUUUUAACAGCAUCUCUGUGCCGGGGGCGUUUGUGAUUGUGUUCAGUUCUGGGUUUUGGGUUGAUUUGUUGUUUUUUAUUAAUCCCAGCGGGUGCCUGAGGGCAGCACCGGCUCCUGACCAACCGUCCGGGACGGUCCCGUGGCGGGAAGAGUGCCGGUGCUCCGGCUGUCGCUGAGCGCUUGUGCGGCAGCUCCAGGGGGUUGGGCUGGUGUUAGCAGCUCGCCCGCGGCAGCUCCUGCCCUCGCUGGAGACGCCAGUUUGUUCUUUAAACGUUACCUUACGCGUUACGUGUAGGAAGGUGUUUUAUUUAUACCCCGUUCUCUGUUGAAAUGCUGGUUUACAUUAAUAAAGAGCUGAGCCGUGCCGGAGGCCGGAUCUGGCUCCGA